ACAGACUCAACGAACUGGUAAGAGCCGAAGCAGAAGUUUUAAGAAGGAAAGAUAACGAGAGAGAUGGCCGGAGUAGCACAACAACCCAAGAGAGGACCUCGCCCUCGGUUUCCCCCAGUCGAUCGCGAAAAGACUUGCCCUUUAUUGCUUCGAGUAUUCACCAAGGCUGGAAGCCAUCAUGUCGCUGAAGAUUUUGCAGAGAGAGGCAAGGAGCCAAAGGAUGAGGUUCAAAUCUAUACAUGGAAGGACGCUACACUUCGUGAACUAACUGAUCUGGUUAAGGAGGUUGCCCCUGCAGCAAGACGAAAGAAUGCAACACUGUCCUUUGCUUUUGUUUAUCCAGAUAGGCAUGGCCGUUUCACGGUUAGAGUGGUGGGGCAGACUUUUUCUUAUGGAAACGGAAAACUUGACGACGGCAAGAUUUUGGCUGAGCUUGGCUUUCAGAUCGGGGAUUACUUGGACGUGGCGACUAUGUAGACAAGCUCUCUUGGGUGUUUUUAUGGUUUAGCUGAUUGAUUGGAAUUGCAUUGGAGGUUAGGGAACAUAUGUAUGCUAGACCACAGAAACUCAGAAAGGGUUGUUUAGAUUUCGUUGCUUCACAUUUGGGUGUACAUUGUACUUUGCUGUCUCGUUUCUUAGGGUUAGAGCAUAAGCUAAGGUUAAAUUUUUCAGUGUCUGUGAGUCUUGUAUCUGCGAGUUAUUCAAUUUUAAUAAAAAUAUUUGUAUAUUUAAUAAAAAGACGAGUGGAUUUUUGAAGAUUAGAGUCAUUUUGACCGUGGUA